AUGCGACGUCGCACGCGCAAGAGUGUAGUCCAACUGGUCUGCUUCGCGGGGAUCCUCCUCCUGAUUCUCUUCCUCAACAGACCGCCCACCCCCGGGCGGACCUUCGCCUGGACGAGAAUCACCUACCAAACCACGGCCUCAACACUCCCCGAAGCCCGAGGCAUCUGCCCCGGCCUCGCGACCACCGACAAGCCCGCCCUGGUGGUCUCGCGCGUCAGCGACGAUGAGGCCGCCUGGCUCCAGGCGCUGCGCGAGCAGUACCACCUCUGCAUCUACACCGCCGAUGCCCCAUUGGACCCCCAAUCCACCCAGCUCCAAGUCCCCGCCAACCGCGGCCACGAAGCCAUGGGCUACCUGACCUUCCUGAUCGACAACUACCACGAGCUGCCCGCGGCCGGGAUGGUCUUCGUGCACGGCUCGCGCUGGGCAUGGCACAACGACCACCGCACCUACGACAACGCCGCCCUCCUCGCCGCCCUGAACCUCACCUCCGCCCUGCACCCCGGGGGCUACCACAACCUCCGCUGCGACUGGAGCGUGGGCACCUGUCCGCCCACCCAGCCCGCCCAGGGCAGCCUCGAGCUCCGCCUGCAAUCCGUCCUCGAGCCGUGGAGCGCCCGCAUGGCGAGCGACGUGGCGCUCCCGCACGCCCUGGCCGCCCUCUUCGGCCGGAAUACCCAUCCCCCGCCCGAUCCGCAGGGGCAGAGCCAGGUCCUGCUCGGCCGCAACGACCCCCUCCGCGCGCAGUGCUGCGCGCAGUUCGCCGUCGCCCGCGCCAACGUCUGGCAGCACUCGCAGGCCGAGUACAUCGCGCUGCGCCAGUGGCUGCUCGACGGGAUGGAGGGGGCGGGGAGUGCCCGUGCCCUGCCAGCCCCCGCCGACGAUCGCGUCGCUGGGCGGAUCAUGUCCUAUCUCUGGCACAUCCUGUUUAUCAAGCAGAGUGCGGUGCGGCCGGAGGGUGAGCUGGCGCCGGGGCUGAUGGAUCUGGAUCGGUUGAAUCAAGCGGCGUGUCCGAGUGCGCAGGAGUGUUAUUGUCGGUUGUAUGGCAAGUGUGGGUUGACGCGGUGCUCGGUGGGGAGCUGUAUGGGGGAGUAUGUGGUGCCGAAGGAUUUCAAGGUGCCGGAGAGUGUGAUGGAGAGGUGA